GACAAAUUGGAUUUUCAAUCACUAUAUAAUUAACUACCGGUUGCGUAUGUUCAUUGUUUUGAUAUUUUAUCAUAACAUCCGUAGAUAACAUAAUUACAGCGUUACAUACAAAUAAAAUAAUAUCGUAUAAUAUGUAAAUAAAAUCUUACUAUCAUAGACCACGAUGUGGGACGAAAGUAGUGAUAAUAACAGCAAUAACAGAGAUUUCCGGGACUCGGAACUAGAUGACCACGAAGCCGCCUUUAAUGAUUUAAUAGAAGAAUGCAAGCACAAUCCCCCAGGGGCUCGUCUCUCUGCUCGUCUUCGCAAAAUACUGGAGAGGAUUCGUCCAGAGCACCGUCGUGUUAUAUGCAGUCGCACGCGUGAUGGUUGUGCGCCACUGUUCGUGGCCUGUCGACGCGGUAACGUGGAGUUGGUGGAGUAUCUCGUGUACGUCUGCAACGCCGACCUUGAGCAGCGCGGCGUAUACGAGGUGCCACACGACCGUUCCACGCACUCGGUCACGCCGCUCUGGUGCGCCGCCGUCGCCGGCCGCAUGCAGAUCCUGCGCAUCCUCGCCGACGCGGGCGCCGACAUCAACGCGGGCAGCGACAGCGGUUCGACGCCGGUGCGCUCCGCUUGCUUCAUGACGCACCUGGAUGUAGUGAAAUUUCUGGUGGAGCGAGGCGCGGCAAUCCAUCGGCCCAACUACAACGGCGGUACUUGUCUCAUAAACUCUGUGCAGUCGGUGCCGCUGUGCUCGUACCUUCUGCAGCGAGGCGCGCGGGUCGACGCGCGCGACAUGCAGCUGAAGACGGCGCUGCACUAUGCGAUCCAAGAGCACCGGCUGGAGACGGUGCGCCUGCUGCUGCAGCGCGGCGCGUCUCCGCACCUGUGCUCGCGCGCCGGCGACGACGCGCUGCGCACGGCCUGCGUCAAGGGCGCCACGCAGAUCGUCAACCUGCUGCUGUCGCGCGUGCGCUACAUGCCCUCGCGCGUGGCCGACGCCUACGAGCUGCUGGGCGCCACGCAGCUGGACGAGUUCAACGACGCGGACGCCGCGCUCGCGUCCUGGCGCCGCGCCACCGCCAUCCGCCACUCGCACGGCGUGAUCCUGCAGAAGCGCGCCGCGGACGACGCGGGGCUGGCCACGGUGGCGGAGGUCGCGCUAGGCGGCGCGUCCGAGUGGCGCAGCUUGGAGCAGCUGGAGGCGGUUGCGCUGGACAUAGACGAGCUGCGCACGCAGGCGCUGCUGGUGGCGGCGCGCGUGCUGGGCGCCUCGCACAAGGACGCCGUGUACCGCCUCAUGUAUCGGGGAGCGGCGUACGCCGACUCGGGUAGCUAUCAGCGCUGCUUCGACCUCUGGACCUGUGCGUUGCAGAUUCGCAUACGGAAGGACUCGCUGCUUUUCACGGAAACGUGCCACGCGGCGAGCGCGCUGACGAAGCUGAUGCUCGACGUGACGAGCGGGCGCCUCGAGCGACCCCCCGGCGUGCCGCGAUACUCCGACGUUCUGCGGGUGUUCCGGCUGGUGGCCGAGAAUCUCCCGCCCAGCCGACGCGCGCUGCUGGCGCGGCCGGUGCACAAGCGGCAGGCCGACGCCUUCGACCGCGCCCUGCGCUGUGCGUCUCACCUGCUGUAUCUGCUGCUCGCCACCGCCACCUGUGCCCGCGACUUCCAGGAGCUCAGCGAGCACGUGCGCCGCCUCGUGCGCGCCGACGUGCGCAGCGCGCGCACGGGCGACACGCUGCUGCACCUGUGCGUGUCGCGCCUCAACGUCAUGCGCUCCACGUACUUCGCCGAGCUGAUCGACGUGCCGGUGAGUGAAACUGACGCCCUGCGCCGGGACGGGACGGGACGGGACGUGACGCGUGAGAUCGGUCGUUCCAGUUCUUCCGGCAGCCGGUGUUCCCCUGCGUGGCCGUGGCCGGCCUGCUGCUGCGCUGCGGCGCCGACCCGCGCGUGCGCAACGAGUCGCGCUCGACGGCGCUGCACGUGGCCGCCGUGCCGUACAACUUCUCGACGGAGCUGGUGGAGGAGCUGCUGGCGGGCGGCGCGCACCUGGACCAGCCCAACAGGUUCGGCGAGUCGGCGGCCGAGAUGGUGCUGCAGAACCGCGGCUCGCGCGUGUGCGUGCUGCGGCACGUGUCGCUGGCGUGUCUGGCGGCGCGCGCGCUGCUGGCGGCCGGCGUGCGCGCGGGGCCCGGCGCCGCGCCGCAAGCGCUGCUGGCCUUCGUGGAGCUGCACCGCGCGUGAGCCGCGCCGCGCCGCAAGCGCUGCUGGCCUUCGUGGAGCUGCACCGCGCGUGAGCCGCGCCGCGCCGCAAGCGCUGCUGGCCUUCGUGGAGCUGCACCGCGCGUGAGCCGCGCCGCGCCGCAAGCGCUGCUGGCCUUCGUGGAGCUGCACCGCGCGUGAGCCGCGCCGCGCCGCAAGCGCUGCUGGCCUUCGUGGAGCUGCACCGCGCGUGAGCCGCGCCGCGCCGCAAGCGCUCGUGGUUCAGUAUGACGAUAGCUCGCGCUAAUGAUUUAUCUGUGAGGUUUUAUUUCAGUGACGACGCGAUAAAGGUAGUCUCCACUGCGGGGUAUUAUUCGAGAAGAUAAUUAAAAAAUUAAAAUUAAUUAUUGUAGCCGGUGAUGGUGUUAAAUUUGACAAUAACAAAAUGUAAAAAUCUUUUGCUACUUUCGAAUUUAAUAUAAUUCAACAGCUUCUAGAACUCGAGGGAACUCUUAUCGUCGUAGUAUAAUAUUAAAUGAAAUUCCAUGAAAGGUUUAUAUUGCUUUAAUAUAUGAUAUUACUCGAUCUCAUAUGCUUAUAUCCAGUUUUAAGUGGAACUAUAGUGGCUUUUGUAUCGCGACGAUGUUAUAUUGUUUUUUAUAGGUGGAAUAAACAUCCUUAUUGUACCAUUGGA